GGUGUUUCCCCGUGGGACGUAUCGCCGUGGGGUUGUGUGUUCCUCACGUCGGCGCUUCAGUCGUGUUCGCAGCGGCAGCAGAGCACCCGGCGAGGACGCACAGCCAGACAGACGCACAACCGUGACCUGAAACACACUCUGGAACGCACACUGGAUCCGGCUCGGCGCGGUCUCCCCUGGGUCCGGGGUGUGUCAGGGGGCUCCGCUCUGGGCGUUCGCUGGGUACAAUGCCCCCCCCCCCCCCCCCCCCUUUACUCCACUGACCGCGGCCGGAGCAGCGUGAGACCCCGGGAGGAGUAAACACACACACAGGAGUUUUGGACACGUUCUUGGAAUUACUCGGGGAGGUGUCCAAACGACACACACACACACACAGACCUCACCCCGACCACCCCAUCCCCCCCAGUACCUGGACGAUGGGGUCCGGCGGGGGGUCCGCCAGCCUGCUCGGGGCGGUGGUCCUGCUGGCCGUUCUGGGACCGGACCACCUGGCGGAGGGGGGCUGCGCCGGGCGGUGCUGCCACAGCCGGGACUGGAGCUGCCUGUCCACCGACUGGAGCAUGCAGCGCGUCUACGGGACGUGCUUCUGUGACGACACCUGCGCCCGCACCCGGGACUGCUGCUUCGACUACUUCACAGAGUGCCCAGCUCAGGACUGCGUGGUGGGCCCCUGGGGGCCGUGGAGCGUCUGUGCCCGGCCGUGCCGUCCGUCCACCCGGGGCCGACGCCGCCACGUGGAGCGGCAGCCGGCCAACGGCGGCGCCGCCUGCCCCCGCCUGGAGGAGAGGGCCGGCUGCCUGGAGUACCGCGACCACACGGGGGGGCGCUGCGGGCCCCACCUGGGCCCCGCCUUCAUCACCAGCAUGGCGUUCGGCCAGAAGAGGCCCACGCACGACAGCUAUGGAACCCCGCUGGACCCUGGGUUCUGUGUGGAGUUCACACUGCAGUCGCGCACGGCCCACUGCGCGGUGGAGACCCGACCCCACACACACUGGACGCGCUACAUAACGGAGGGCUUCACCGUGUGUGUGGCGUGCCAGCCCCCCGCUAUGCACAAUAACACCGGCAGCUGCCAGGGAGAUGGGCUGCAAUCAGACAAGGAGGCGGUGCUCCACUGGCAGGCGCUGGAGGUCCCCCGCUGCGCCGGGACCUGGAGGAAGGUCCACAAGACGCAGCGCUGCCGCUGUCCGCCGCAGCACAGCUUCGUCUUCAUCUGACCCGCAGCACUCCGUGCGAAGUAACGCGAGAUCAUGCUACUCAUUAGUGUUCGGAUUGUAAAACAAAGAUCGCUCCUGUUUCGGUGUUUUCAGAGCGGAUCCGUCUGCUUCUUCCUCUGCAUUGUUUCACAGGGUCUCUGCCUUGUAAUAGUAGCCUGCUAGAAUACCAUUGUUUUGUGCGUAGUCUUAACGUAUUGAACAUUCAUCAGUGGUAGCGUUGGGAUAUGAACAUCAUACAACCAAUACGGAUGAUUAUAAAUAAAUAUUUUUUAAUAAAAAUGCAGCACAGAACUUUCUACUGCUGUUUAGAGGGCCCUCUAGUGGCGCUUGAACGCUAGUCCUCUAGUGGCAUUUGAGCGCAACAUCCAUCGGGAGAAUCGAGUGAUAACACAAGGAGCGCAAACAUAAAACGUGAAAAUGAAAAAAUAAAUUAGAAAAUUAUGAGAACAUUGAAAAAAUGUUUUUUUGUUAAAAAAAUAAUUAUCAAUAUACAUGGCUGGGGGGGGGGUAGGGGGGCCGGGUCAGGCCACGCUGUCCCUCUUCAGGAUCCUCCAGCGGUCCUUUAGCAUGACGCCCGUGCGGCCGUUGAAGUCGUGGUCCAGCAGCAUGCGCUUCCAGUUGCCCUCGCCGUGCUUCCUCACGGCCUUGGUCAGAACCUCGUCCAAGAAGGGCGUCCACUUCUGAAAACAAAAUACCAUCAGCACAUAAAAGCAGAAGCUUUCAGCAGACCCUCGUCCAUGAAGGGCGUCCACUUCUGAAAACAAAUUAGACACAAUCGUCACAUGCAUCGUCUGGUCGAUUAGCAGAAGCUUUCAUCAGGAGUCUCCAAAAAGAAGUGUCAGUCCUCGGCACAGUUCUUUGAUAUUCAGCCUAUUCUAUAUUCUGUAUUCUAUUCCUCGUUCAAUAAAACUCUUUGGGGUGAA